AUGGACGACAACGAUUCACCAACACCCAAGCUCUCGGAGCUGCUACGGCACCCGGACGACCUGGACAAGAUACCGGCGCUCAAGAUGGAGUUCUCGCGCAAGAAGAGCGCAGUGGACGCACAGCUGCGGAGCGGGCUCCGGGAGCAGCUCGAGCUGACGCAAUCGGGCAUGACAGGGCUGAGCGACGGGCAGAAGACGGUGCAGGCGAUCAAGGACGAGAUGAUGAAGAUUGACGUGCUGUGCUCGGAGUCGCAGGACAUGAUCCGGGACUUCGCCAGCAUCAACCUGGUGUCGCAGGCGCACCGCAACUUCGGGGCGGUAGAGACAAUGCGGCGUAACCUCGAGACCUUCAACGACCGACUGUCGGUGGCGGAGCGCAUGCUGCAGGAAGACGACGCGGACCGAGAGAACAUGCCCAACCUCCUGCCAUGCCACUACGAGCUGACGGAGCUGCGCAACAUCCGCGACGACGCCAUGGAGCAGAUCAAGCGGGCCGAAGACCCGGGGUACGGGUCGACGCUCGAGGACUACUUUGCGCGGCUGGACGACACGAUCGAGUGGUUUGACGAGCACGUGGGCCUGCUGGCGCUCAACCUUAUCAACCUCGUGGUCGAGGACAACAACGGGCUGGUGGUGCGGUUUGCCCUCGUCAUGGACGCCGAGGAGAGGAGCGACGAGCGCGUCGAGGCGCUACAGGACGCGCUCAAGGACCACAAGGACAUGGCGGUGCGCUUCCAGGCCAUCACGGGCGGCGCCAAGAAGGUGCGCGGCUACAAGGACAAGUUCCUGCAGGCGAUCCGGCUCAGCGCGGAGCAGCAGCUGGAGCAGGCGCGCGAAGAGUUCCUCGACGACCCGGACAUGCUGGAGAAGUCGAUGAAAUGGUUCUUCAACGACCUCAACGUGGUGCGGGUGGGUAUGACGCCGCUGGUGCCCAAGCGGUGGCAUAUUGCCAAGACGUACGCCGACAUCUACCAUCAGCUGAUGCACGACUUCCUGGUGGCGACGGUGGACGAUCCGGACACGAGCUCGGCGCACACGCUGGAGAUCAUCGGGUUCCCGGAAAAGUACUACAAGAAGAUGGCCAAGCUGGGGAUUAGCCAGGACGACCUUUCACCGCAUGUCAUCGACAAUCGCGAGGCGGAGCUGGUGCGCGACUUCCGGCAGCUCAUCAUCAAGUUCCUAGAUGAGUGGAUCGACCGCAUCUUCGCGCAGGAGCAGCGCGACUUUGCGGGGCGGGCGUCGGGCGGGCCCGAGGCCGGGCCGAACCUGGACCAGGACGAGUACGGCUACUUCCGGACCAAGAACUUGGCGCCGCUGUGGCGCAUGUUGCGCGAGCAGGUGGAGACGGCGGCCAACUCGCAGCGGGCGGACGUUGUCGAGGGCGUCAUCGGCGCCAUGCUCGCGCGGCUCCAGGAGCGUCAGCGGUCGUGGCAGGCCAUGCUGGAGGACGAGGCGGUGCGGUACGAGUCAGCUGCGUCCUCGGGCGGCGACGAUCUCGAGGGCUUUCAGGCCCUGCAGGACUGGUUGGUGGCCACGGCCAACGACCAGAUCGCCUGCAUCGAUGACAACGAGGAGGAGAACCGGCCGGGCUACCUGACCAGCUUCCGGGCCACGUUCGAGCCGCACGUCACGCCGGCCUACGCGGAGCGCGCCGACAACGAGAUAGCCAACCUGCGCGACGGCUACGUCGACUUCAGCACCUGGUGCAUGACACGCUUCUCCCAUCUCAUCUUUGCCGUCGACUUCCGCGCCGUCAUGCCCGACUUCUUCACCCCGAGGUGGUACACCAGCACCGCCAUGAAGCAGAUGGUGGUGACUUUCGAGGAGUACGUCAACGACUACCGCCAGGUCCUGCACCAUUCCCUCGUCGACAUCUUCGUCGAGAUCUUCGCCGACGAGCUCCUGAUCCGCUACCUGUCAUCCGUCCGCAACAAGGGCGCCCGCUUCCGCCGCGUCGACCCCUUCCAGGACAAGCUGUUCGACGACAUCUCCGUCGCCUUCGACUUCUUCUCCAGCGGCCUGCCCGGUCAGGAGGUCGCCGCCUCCAUCAAGCAGACCUGGCGCGUCACAGAGCCCUUCCUCCAGCUCCUCACCGCCGACAAGGACAACGUCCCCGACACCUUUGCCGACUUCAAGGUCAAGUACUGGGAUCUGCAAAUCACCUGGGUCGAGUCUGUGCUUCGAAGCAGGGACGACUUUGACAGGUCUAUGCUCAACAGCGUCAAGGCCAGGGCUGCACAGAUUGAUGUUGAGCGUGGUCCGGAAACUAUAAUGGGCAAGAUUAAAUAG